AAUGAGCCUGAAAAGAUGCUUCAAAACUCCAGGCCGGAGCAAGCGUGUCUGGUGGCUGCUGACUGAGCUGGAAGAACCUCUAGGAUCAACUGUUGAGGGAAUAUCUUCUGCAGGUUCAGGAGCAUUCGAAGGGACAGUCAAUGCAGAAUAAAACACAUGCACUUAGGCAGAUUCGCUACAGAACAAUUCAGUUAUUUACAACUAAGACAUUUACCACGGCGAAGGGCUUUCUGUUUUAAGCUGUAUACGCUGCCAAGUGGAGUCAACUUGGGGAAAGAAACAUUUGAAGGAAAUCUCUCCAACACUGUGCGUUAGCCUGUAGCUAUUUGAAUUGAGGCUGGGAAAGUGGCAUCAUGACAUAUUUCACGACACUGUGUGUCUACCUUUUGAUGGCCCUGAACGCAGUUAUGACAAACACCAUCAACGAAGACAUAAAGGUUUUGGUAUUUUUACCAAACAAUAACUCUUACCUUUUUUCCUAUGCAAGAGUCGCACCAGCGAUCGAUUACGCUCAAAAGACGCUGAAGGCAGAUGGGGGACUGUACUCUGGGUUCCACUUCAACAUACAGUUUGAAAACUCCAACUGCGUGAAUGAUGCUCUGUUUGCGCUACUGGACGGGUCGUGUAUACAGAAGCCAGAUCUGAUCUUAGGUCCUGUGUGCGAGUACGAGGCGGCAGCGGUGGUGAGGGUGGCAUCUCACUGGAAAAUUCCAGUAAUCUCAGCAGGUGCCCUGGCUGCCGCCUUCGGAAACAAGAACACCGAAUUCUCCCACCUGACCCGUAUCGCUCCGUCCUACGUAAAAAUGGCAGAGACCUUCACUGCGAUUUUCGAAUACUUCACCUGGAAGAGCGCGCUGCUUGUCUACGAAGACGACAAGGAGGAGCGGAACUGUUUUUUCACUUUGGAGGCAGUAUAUCAUCUGAUGGCUGACUAUUCUAUCAAUACACAUCAGUUUUCAGAAGAUGAUCCAUUGAACACUGAUUACAUUCUCCAAAGCAUCGGUGACACUGAAGUUAUUAUCCUGUGUAUGGGAGCAGACAAGAUACGAGAGAUCAUGCUGGCUGCACAUAGUCAAAAGCUGACCAACGGCAGUCAUAUGUUCUUUAAUGUCGAACUCUUCAAUGCUUCCUCUUAUGGCAAUGGUUCAUGGAAGAGAGAAGAUAAGCAUGACAACGAUGCAAGGCAAGCCUUUGCUUCUCUGAACACUGUGACACUGCUCAGGACAGUCAAGCCUGAGUUUGAAAACUUCUCCAUGGAAAUGAAAAGGUCCAGUGAAAAAAGUGGACUUCAUGACUGCAAAGACUGUGAAAAUGUAAACAUGUUUGUUGAGGGAUUCCAUGAUGCCAUGUUGCUGUAUGCAAUUGCCUUGCAUGACGCCAUGAAAGAUGGGUAUAGCAAGAAGAACGGGACAGAGAUCACCUCACGCAUGUGGAACAGAACAUUUGAAGGAAUUGCUGGCCAGGUGUCCAUGGAUGUCAAUGGUGACAGAAAUGGAGACUUCUCUUUGAUGGCCAUGACAGAUGUUGAAGCAGGUACAUAUGAGGUGGUGGCCAACUACAUUGGUGUAAAUGGAAGUUUUAAUCUGCUGCCCGCCUUCAAUCGCAACCAUUUCACCCUGAAAGGAAGACAAAAUGCACACUCAGAGAUUCCGGACAAAUCUUGUAAAUAUGGUGGAUUAGGAGUAUCUGCUUUGACUGGAGUCAUAGUGGGAGCUGUUCUUGGAAGUGCAAUGCUUAUAGCAUUCUAUAUAUUCAGAGGCUGCAGCAUACCAGGUGGUGAUGGAGUUGGUGAGGAUGGACUCAAUGAUGGCAGUGCAGAAGUGCACCACCAUUGUCUAUGGCAGGUUGAAUUUCUUCAGCUGCCACAGGAAGUACACCCUCUGCUGUGCUUUUCUGAUGAGAGCACUGAUGUUCAGCUCACAUUUGAGGUCCUGGGAGAUGAUGGUGCCCAGAAACCGGAAAGACUUCAUAGUGUUGACUGAAGAGUCACACAGAGUGAUGGGGAGGAGUGGGGUUGUGUUCUUCCUGUAGUCCAUGAUCAUCUCCAGUGUCUUGGUGUAGCUGUAACAGCCUAGAGUUGAACGCUUCCAACUCACCAGGUGAUCUAUCUCCAUUCUGUAAGCGGCCUCAUCUCCAUCAGAGAUGAGCCUGAUAAGGGUGAUGUCAUCUGCAAACUUACAUGGUCUGAUUCUCCUAGUGGAGCACAGGGGACAGCAUAAAAGACAGUGAUCCAAAGUUCUGUCCUCCUGUGUGUAGAAUCUGGUUGGCCAGCGCGUACUGUGUGUCAUGGAUGUUGGCUGCUGGCGGAAUGUAAACACAGACCAGAAUGAAAACUCACAGGGGGAGUAAAAGGGUUUGCACUUCAUGAAAAUGAUUCCAUGUCCGGGGUACAGUACUGCUGGAUCACUAUAAUGUUGUAACACCAAUUACAGUUGAUGUAAAAACAUAUACCUCCAUCUUUCGUCUUGCCUGAGAGCUCUGUAUGGCGAUCCAUUCUAAAGAGUUGGAAUCCUUCCAACUGCAGUGCAGAGUCCGAUAUUUAUCCACUCAGCCAGGUCUCAGUGAAGCAGAGGACUGAAGAUGUAGGAAGGUCUCUGUUUUUCCCCAUCUGUAGCUGUAGUUCUUCACUAUGUUGCACAGUGAGCGCACACUGUGCUUUUCACAGAGAGGAAAAUGUGAUGUCUACGCUGACAGAGGAGCGCUUUCCUCUCAUGCGCCUGUGUAUUGUGUUGGCAAUGGUGAGCACACCUUUGACCAGUAUGUCCAAAAUAGCAACAGGUAUUGCAGUUCUGAUGUUCAGCAGAUCAUCCCUUGAUGACCAAUCUGGAUUAAUAAACAACAGAACAGAGUAGUGCGCAGCAAAACACCAUGGCCUCCAUCAUUGGCGCCAUCUUGAGAACCAAGAAUCAAACAGAAGACUGGUUGCUAGCUUACAGUUUAGUGGUUGGAAGCAAGCAGCCUGAGAGGCUGGUUCUGAAGUUAAAUCCUGAAAGGAAACUGGAAUAUAAUAAAUCUGCAUGUAGUUGUCUGUCUUGAAUGCUGAUAGCACAGAAACCUGAUCUCUGGGAGACAGAAGUAUUGUGCCAAGUGGGUAAUAGGCUUAAGGGAAGCAAGCUGGGACAACAGACUGAAUUCUAACAGACUCUAGAGCUAAACGAGAUGGGUGAUGAGACUCAAGGCUCUUUUGGAGUACUGGUGGACAUAGACACCGUAACCUAUGCAGAUAGCCAACAUUGGUACGAGUUUCAUGUAUAAUAUAUGUGUGUGUGCUCGUCACUCUGGCUCGCUCUGUAAAAAAGCCAUCCAAACGCUAGAUAGUGUUGUAUCUUUUUUUUAGAUUCGAUUAGAUAUAUUAGAUUAGAUAAAUCCUAUGUUUAUCCCAUGGGAAGUUCAGUGUACAAUCCAGAAUAUAACAUUUAAUAAUAACGCUCUGCGCUGUUGCCGUAGCUAUGGCGUAAUUGACGCAGAAGCCUAAACCGCCUAUCAUGGGCAGUAGGCUGCAAAUUAGGCACACCAGUCCUUAGCACUUGUGGAGAAGGUGGGUGCAUGAUAGGCUCAGAAUAGUGUGGGCAAGUGCAUAGAAGGCUGGGUAGACUUCUGGCUAGGUAGCUUAUCUAAAUACUGGGAUGCAGGUGUGUACAGGAAGUCUCUGUUAGGUAAUGUUUAAGCCAAGGAUUGAAGGACAAUUUCCUGCAGGGAAUGGAAAGGGCAACCUCAUUGCCAUCCCUGCCCCCCUCCCUAUACAAAAUUUAUCGUAAUUUCCAUCUCUUUGGUUAAUUCAUUGCAAGACACAGAAAGGCACGGGAGGCAAGAAGAGCAAACAAACACAAAAAUUACCACAUUAUAUCUAAUAUGUUUCAUUGCUUAUACUACUGUAACCUAUCAUAAAAAACACUACAUCAUCAUAAUCUGGCUUUCGUCCAUGAGAUGCUUGUUAGGUUUAUUGGUGAUUCUAAUUUAGCUGUAGGUGUGCAUGUGAGCAUAAAUGAUUAUUUGUCUCUUUGUGUUGCUGGUCACCAGUCUAUCGCAGAGACACAAACAGUACAUAUCUAUUUCCAAGACAGUGUGUGAGCAAACCAACUAAAUGCACUUUGAUUUAACAUUGCAAAAAAUAGAUAAUAUCACCAAAAAGAUCUCAAAUUUUAUUCGUCCGCCCAAAUGUCAAUCUAUUGUAUAUUUGCCCUUUUAUAUUGUAUAGGCUCUGAAACUAUUGUAUAAAUAUGACAAUUCCUGUAUAUCUGACAACACUGGUAGGCAGUGCAUAGAGAAAAAAAUAUAACUUAAUAGAAGUCCAAAACUGUACAAAAGUUCAUCUUAUGGCAGAAUAACAAAUAUCAAAUAUCAAAUUAAAUAUCAAAUCAAAAACUCAUUACAGAGAACACAAUAAGGAAAAGAACACAGGGGGAAAAGAUUUGUACUUUAUUCCAGUUCCUUCCUCUGCAGAAAAAACUACAGGAUAACCAUUGAGCGUCGCAGACAUGGGGAAGAGUAUGAUUCUGCAAAGCACCAUCAGUUACGAGAGGACUCCAUCAGAUCACAUUUCUCAGCAGCGUAAUCAGUGGCAGUGACAGUUCCUUCCCAGAGAAUCUCACAUCUGAAUGUGACCAAAGACUUGUGGUUGUCAGUGGACUCGUGCCAAUGAAAGACAGACAUUUUGUUUUAAUUAUUAUGACUCAGGAAUGUUUAAUGGUCACAAAUCACCACUUACUUGGAUUUUCCUCCACACAAAUGUUUAUUAUUGCAUAGCUGUAUUGAAACAUUUGGCUAUAACAUUGUUUACGGACUUUUAGUUUAUUUUGUUUUUUCACCAUUCACGUGGUGGUUACCAUGACUAUGAGUGACUGUGUAUACAACAAUGAUAUUGGUUUGCACUUAUGGGUCUACUUUCAAUUCAUGUUAACCUUACUGCAAUCAAGCAGUCUCCACACAAAUCUUAUUUUAAAUUCUGUAUAUAGCAAAGCUCUUGUAAAAUGGGUUACAUAUGUAUCAUCUUGGCAGUACAUCUUGUCCACACCUACUUAUUUGUAGUAAAUACAUUGGCAACCUGCAAAGGAUUUUGGUUUAUUUUUUACUUAUUUUAUAAAUCUGUCUUUAUUAGUGGUAACAGAUAUGUCAGUAGUACUUUAGUUUUGGCAUCUAGUUGGGUAUAGUUACUUAAACCUUAAUGUAUUGAUAUUAUGUUAUUUAUAACAUCAAUAUUUUUGAUAUACUGUAUGUUCGUCUCAUUAUUGAAAUUGUAGUGAUUUCAUUAAACAUGAUUCUAUUUA